ACGUCGCUGUACGUAAGUGUGUUUGUGACAGACCAGCGCGCCAAAUUGAUAAUACCAAGCAAAGACAAAGCAGGAAACAUAGGACGAAUGCAACUUCCGCUUACUUAAAUCACCUUAAAGUUAAACCUUAGCUAUAAACGUGGUCUGCACUUUUGAGAUAACAUAUUUUACAGUCCUUUACGUCGUUUUAACGUCAAGCCAGAAGGCCAGGAAGAUGGGUUUGCUCGAGCGAUGCCAGGAGCUCUUCAAGACCCAAAACCUGUACGAGGUGCUGGGCAUCAACAAAGAGGCAGCUGAGGCCGACAUCCGGAGGAGCUACUACAAAGUGUCGCUCAAAGUCCAUCCAGACCGAGCUCCGGAGGACCCGCUGGCAACAGAGAAAUUUCAGGUGUUGGGAAAGCUGUACGCAGUGCUGAGCGAUGCGGAGCAAAGAGCCGUGUAUGACGAGCAGGGGCUGGUGGAUGAAGAGUCUGACGCUCUGAGUCAAGACCGAUGCUGGGAAGACUACUGGAGGCUGCUCUUCCCUAAGAUCACGGUGCAGGACAUCCUCGAGUUUGAAAAGAAAUAUAAGGGCUCUGAUGAGGAGCGGCAGGAUUUAAUCCAGCUAUAUGUGCAGCACCAGGGAGACAUGGACGCCAUCACAGCCUCGGCUCUGUGCUGCUCACAGGAAGACGAACCCCGGCUCUGCGGCAUCAUCCAGGCCGCCAUCCAGAAUGAAGAAGUCACGGCGUUCCCAGCGUUUACUCAGGAGAAGGAGAAGAAGAAGAAGGCUCGUAGAAAGAGGGCUGAUAGAGAGCGACAAGAAGCGGAAGAAAUGCAAAAAGAGAUGGGGCUCGGGGAUGAAGAUGACAGUCUUGUGAUGAUGCUUAAGCAAAGACAGCAGUCGAGAGAGAAGAAUUUUAACAGUUUUCUGUCUGAUCUCGAAGCUAAAUACUCUAAAAAAGGUGAGAAAUCUCAAAAAGGGAAAAGAGCUAAAAAGUGAAAAAUAAAAGUCUGGUUAUUGUUGACCAAACGACAUCCUUAUCUUUUCAAAGAACACCAUUUGAGAUGUUGAGGCUGUCUUACUGCUCAGUCAUGCUCGCCCUCUCAGAGAAUAGGCCUUUAUCGGGUCUGAGUAGCUUUUUAUGUGGCACUAAAACCUUGAAAUGUAAAUGCAUCUUUUAUUUCCUGUGAUUCAUGUUGAUGUCUUGUUAAACACAAAUAAAUUCAUAUUUAUGUAC